GUCCCCACGUGAUCCGACGGUUCUUCCCGGGAACAGCAAGUAAGUUAUAGCAAAUUCACAGCUUAUUCCGUUCCGAAAGUGAUCCUAAGACACUAACACGAGUGACCUCGUCCAUAGGAUGCAAGGCUGCCAUCAUAAUGCUGUGUGUUGCUCAACACGUGUAUGCUGUGGAAAUAUGCAGUGCAUAUCUACACCCACAAUGCGUAUUGUGCAUGUUGGGAACGUGGGAGGGGUACGCCAAACUGGGUAUCGAAUAUGCCGCCCGUGCUAGUCGGAUGGGUGUCUUAUAGACGGGCGGUCCAUUACCAGUUGGCUUCCAAGAGACCCCAACAAUCACAAUGGAACGACCAAGGUUCAGAAGAUCAAGACGAAUGAGAAAUGCCGAAGAUCAACCACGGCGAACCGCUGUCCCACCGCGAGGACGGCCUACCCCAACUCACCCCAAAGAGACAAACGUAAUACGAUUACCUGAAGGAAGUGGUCUGGGGAGGUUUACGCUGGAUGUUGGGGGACCUCUUGAUGCAGUGACGAGUGUCUGUUGGUCGAGAAGUGGAGAACAAAUGUUCUCAGGUUCUCGAGAUGGAACGAUCCGGGUUUGGUCGUCAGGGACCGGAGCCCAAGUCGCUCUCCUCCAGGGACACACGAACACAGUUCACGCCAUCGCAAUAUCUUUUGAUGGUCGCUUCAUUGCGAGCGCAUCCUCUGACUGUACUGUUCGCCUAUGGAGCGUGCGUACCUAUGAAGCAGUCAGCCCCCCCUUCGAGCAUGCCGACGAACUCUAUUGCGUCACAUUCUCCCCUGACCGUAAGCGAGUCGCAUGUGGCGGGAAAGACACCAAGGUGUAUCUGUGGGAUAUCGAGCCAUACACUAAGCCAGACGCUAGUAUAAUGGAUAGCUGUGAACCAGCUCCGGAAUUGCCAUUGGCUCCCUCAGAUGAAGAUAUUCUUAACGAGCUCUUGAUACAGGAGGUAGGGAAGUGUAUUACUUAUGCUCUCAAUACUCAUGGCAAGCAACAGGUCGCUGGCUUCCUUCCCCCGCUGGCGCUUCAGAAUGGAGUUCCACCUGAUCUGAAUGUUCCCUCAGCAUUUACUGAGAAUUGGCCCAGCAACGAGAUUAACAAUGCUCUCGAAGACUCGAACCAGCCCAAGGAGCCUAUUGGAGUCCUUCCUAGUCUGGUACCUUCCUCAUCCUCAUACAAGCAUCGCUUCUUGGACAGGCUACCACUCUUUCGUCGUCGAAAUGAUGUCGAUAAUUGUAGUGCCACAAAUUCAGAUUGUGACCCACAGACAGACCAACUUUUAUUGACAGUAACAGUAUCGUUCGACUCCAAGCUCUGUAUUGAUGGUGAUUUUGUAUCAGUUCAAUUGGUUAUUUUACCUACCAUUGUUACUUCUCGAGGAAUAAUUGUCACGAUAUUCAGCCUAUUUCCACUUCGUUUUGCGUAUAUUUCCAUCAAGGAAGAACAGCGUGUUCUCAAAUUUGCGUCGCUGCCAUGUCAUACAGGAGUAUUGCACAAUACUCUUGACAUUUUUCGCACUUGCAUUGAGUGUUGCCGAACGCAGUUAAAAACAGUUGACUCGAGCUCCAUGGAACAUACAUUCCUAUACCGUAUCUUCGUUCUUAUGUGGUGAAUAUUCAGGAUCAGAUAAUCAGCCUUCCUGCC